AAAAUAUGACCGUUAUGAGAAGACAGAGAGAUGUUUAUUAAAACCACCAUUUUCCUCCGCUUAUCGGUCUCUGUUCGCCGUCCUCUUCUCCUCUCAUCUUUCUCUCUAAAACCCUUUCUCUUUGGCUCAUGGCGAUCGCAACGGAGACCCAGUCAGAACAGAAGGUGUGCACGCAGGCAUCUUCGGAGGUUACCACAGUGGAGAACAAAAGGUGGACUCUAAAUGACUUCGACAUUGGAAAGCCGCUUGGAAGGGGAAAGUUUGGUCACGUUUAUUUGGCAAGGGAAAAGAGGAGCAAUCAUAUUGUGGCUUUGAAGGUUCUAUUCAAGACUCAGCUGAAACAGUCUCAGGUUGAGCAUCAGCUUCGCCGUGAAGUUGAGAUACAGAGCCAUCUUCGACAUCCUAAUAUUCUAAGGCUUUAUGGGUACUUCUAUGAUCAGAAACGGGUUUACCUGAUUUUGGAGUAUGCUGCCAAAGGAGAACUGUACAAGGAGUUACAGAAAUGCCAGUAUUUCAGUGAACGACGUGCUGCUACUUAUGUGGCACAAUUAGCUCGGGCCCUCAUAUAUUGCCAUGGGAAGCACGUAAUACAUAGAGAUAUCAAACCAGAGAACCUUUUAGUUGGUGCCCAGGGUGAACUUAAAAUUGCAGAUUUUGGUUGGUCAGUGCACACUUUCAGCCGCAGGCGGACCAUGUGUGGCACUCUUGAUUAUCUCCCACCUGAGAUGGUGGAGAGUGUAGAGCAUGAUGCAAAUGUGGACAUCUGGAGCCUCGGUGUCCUGUGCUAUGAGUUUCUGUAUGGCGUCCCUCCUUUUGAAGCUAAGGAACACUCGGACACAUAUAGAAGGAUUGUUCAAGUGGACUUAAAGUUUCCUCCCAAGCCUAUUGUCUCAUCAGCUGCAAAGGACCUCGUCAGUCAGAUGCUUGUCAAGGAUUCUUCACAACGCCUGCCACUACACAAAGUACUUGAGCAUCCAUGGAUCAUUCAGAAUGCAGAUCCCUCUGGCGUCUAUAAGUGAUUAAAAUUUGCAAUGUUGUUAUUGUUACACUAGAGUGAAAGGAACCUGUGAUUUCAAAUACCCUUAUUCGGUCUGUUAAAUAGAUGGGCUGUAUGAACAUUUCACUUGCUAGCAUGAAGAAGUGCAUAUGAUUUGUUCAAGAUGACCCCCACCCCUCUUGUGGCUAAAUCUUACUCAUCUUUCCAUUGUAC